AUGGCACCUGCCCUCUUUAAAUGGUGCCCUCCCCCUAAUCCACUUAAGGCAACUCUCUCUCUCUCUCUCACACAUACCUCUCCUUAUCUAUCUAUCUAUCUACAGGGUGCGAUGGACGACAGUUUAUCCAUCGCAACAUCUAUCUAUCUAUCUAUCUAUCUAUCUAUCUAUCUAUCUAUCUAUCUGUUUCGUUCAGUUCAUAUCUAUCUAUCUAUCUAUCUAUCUAUCUAUCUAUCUAUCUCAUUCUGUUCAUGUAUAACAUUUUUCACUUUUUUAUCUAUCUAUUUAUCUAUCAAUCUAUCUAUCAGAUCAGUUAUUGAAAUGUAUGAUCUAUCUAUCUGUCUGUCUUGGUAUGUUCAUAUCUAUCUAUCUAUCUAUCUAUCUAUCUAUCUAUCUAUCUAUCUAUCUAUCUCAGUCUGUUCAUAUAUAUCUAUCUUAGUCUGUCCAUAUCUAUCUAUCUAUCUAUCUAUCUAUCUAUCUAUCUAUCUAUCUAUCUAUCUAUCUAUCUAUCUAUGUACAUAUCAGUCUAUCUCAAUCUGUUCAUAUCUAUCUGUCUAUCUCAGUCUGUUCAUAUCUAUCUAUCUAUCUAUCUAUCUAUCUAUCUAUCUAUCUAUGUACAUAUGUCUAUCUCAAUCUGCUCAUAUCUAUCUAUCUAUCUUUGUACAUAUAUCUAUCUCAAUCUGCUCAUAUCUAUCUAUCUAUCUAUCUAUCUAUCUAUCUAUCUAUCUAUCUAUCUAUCUAUAA